AUGGCUGGCGGAAUCUUCCAAGGAAACCGGGUGAUUGGCGCCUUCAAUGGCCGGCUGUUCUUCUCCUGCUUCGUCAUCAUGCUGUCGCAGAUCAACUUUGGCAUGGAUACGAGUGCCUUCAACAACACGCAGGCCAUGACGCCCUUUGAGCGCAAGUUUGGCGUGUACCAGCCGGCCCUCAAGCGCAUUGCCAUCGAGCCCUACUUCCUCUCCUUGCUCAAUAGUCUUCCAACUAUCGGCCAGGUCUCUGGCCUGCUGCUCGGUAGUUUUGUCUGCCGUCGCUUCGGCCGCCGCAUGUCCUUCUUCACCAUGUGCUUCUUUGCUUGGAUCGCGGCGAUCCUCCUCAUCACGGCACAGGCCAAGGAACAGGUUCUCGUGGGCCGAAUGCUCAACUUCGUGUAUGUCGGCAUGGAGUUGGCCUCCGUUCCGGUCACCCAGUCCGAGCUAGCGCCGGCUGCUGUCCGAGGCUUCGUUGUCGGUACCUACCAACUCGGCAUCAUGGUCGGCGGCCUCAUCAUGGCGCUGAUCUGCCUGGGGACCAGCAAGAUCCCUAACGAGAACUCGUACCGGAUCCCUUUCGGGACGCUGUUCAUUAUCCCUACCAUUCUGUUCACCGGUACCUUUUGGAUCCCCGAGUCGCCGCGUUGGCUCCUACUCAAGGGUCGCGAUAAGCAAGCUCGUCACAAUCUCCAGCUACUUCGACAGGGAGCGUUUACCGACGAGCAGAUCGAGGAGGAGUUCCAGAUUCUGAAGGGCACACUGGAACUCACGGCCGAGACGGGUUCCUUCAAGGAGAUCUGGCAAGGCACAAACCUCAAGCGGACCUUGAUCGUGCUCGGAACGAAUUUCUUCUUGCAGGCUACUGGACAGGUUUUCGGCUCCAAAUAUGGCACGGUAUUCUUGAAGGAUAUCGGCGCCAUCGACCCGUUCGUCAUGUCUACCGUCAAUACCGUUUGCGCUAUUGCCGCCGUGCUCCUCUGCAUGGGGAUCAACGACAAGGUCGGCCGAAAGUCUUUGAUGAUGAUUGGCACCUGCAUCCAGGGCGGUGCUCUGGUCGCGAUGGGCGGUCUUGGCUCAGUCGCCAACCCAAGCCGAGAGUACAAGAUCGGCAUUACAGCUAUGACUGUUGUCCUGAACGCAGCUUACUGCUUCGGCUGGGCGCCGCUGUCCCAUGUCAUCACCGCCGAGAUUCCCACUACCAGACUUAGAGAUAUCACCUACGCCACUGGGAGUGUGGUCAACAUUGCAGUCGCAUUCUCCAUCACGUUCAGUCUGCCCUAUCUCCUCUACGCUCCUUAUGCUGCUUUGGGCCCCAAAGUUGGCUUUAUCUUCGGCUCAUUCGCCCUCUUGGCCAUCUUCUUCGCCUGGUUCUGCAUCCCGGAGACAGGGGGACUUACACUUGAGGAGCUCGACUACCUGUUCUUGCAAGACGUACCUGUUCGUAAGUUCAGCAGUUACAAGCACGGCCAAGUCCUGCCUUCGGAGAUUGCGGAGACCAGCGCCAAGGAGCCUCAAGCCCUCCAGAUGAUGCCAACCCAGUCUGACCUUUUCUUUUCUAGGGCUGCUACCCGCGCUGCCAUUGGUGGCGACCCGGCGCCGGGCUCGAUGCCAAGGCACUGGGUCCGGCAAGACAUCACGGCCGAGCCGACAGAUGACGUUUCCUCCGCUAGUCGGAGACAUCUAUCUGAGAGCUCCUAUGAGACCACAUCCGGGUCUGGUGAUAGCAGCUCACCAGACGAAGAGGGGCAGCCGAAAUACAACUUGUGGCAUUUGUCAGGACACGCUGAUGGUCUGACCCAACUGCCUAUCGAACCCACGAAACAGAAUGUUGUGCUUGUUCAGACAUUUUCCCAGGUUCUGAACCACUUCAAGGGCUCUUUCGACGGUGUACCCGAUGCCGACAAUCCUUUCCUUUUACACUACGUGCCCUGGUGUGUGCAGUCACCGCUCCUGGUCCACUCCUCGCUCUACAUCGCAGCCAGGUCUCUUGUGGAGAGGAAUUACGUGGACGAGCGCACGACAACGCAGCUUAAAGGCUUCGCGAUAAGAAGACUGAACGAGCACCUCCGGUCUGCCGACUGCACCAACGACGAGGCCAUCGGGGCGGUGGUCCAGUUCACCUCGAUCGAGAUCUUCUUUGGCAACCUCGGGGUCAUGCAAACCCACCUGAAAGGGCUGCGGGAGAUGGUCCGCCUGCGAGGCGGUCUUCCCAAUCGCGGCGUGGGGGAGCUGGUGAGCAAGGUCGCACUGGUCGACGACUGUCUCAUUUCCUUGGCGUAUGAAACGCCGCCAGUGUUGCAGCAAAGUGCAGAUUGCGGACACGGUCUAGACUCUGGCCGCGCAGAAGCCACCAAGGUCUCCUUCAGCUCGCCCUUCAUCGUGCCCCUGGUGCCCUUCCGGGAUUGCUGCCAUCUCCUUGGAUUGCACCCCUUCACGGCGAGCAUCCUUGAUGACGUCUCUUUCCUAGUGGACACUGUCAAUCGUCUGUCUGACAACCCUAGCGCCGAAGAGCUUCGCAAAACAGCAAUGACUGCCGCGUUUGUACACGACCGGAUCGCCAGGCUACCCACGAGUGAUCCCGCUACGCACGAGGACCGGGCCGCCGGCGACAAGGGCGAGCAUGCGAGAGGAUCAGAAGCGAGUGAUAGUCCUACGCCUCACUCCCUCUUGCCAGAGUACCCCGAAUUUGAGUCAGCAUCGAAGGGGAGGAAGAGGAAGUCCGGAAAUUGUAGGGUAGUAAUACCCGAUGACAUACCAGACAGUCCCUCGCCCACAGACGACGCGCUGUACACGGCGGUGCGGCAAGCAGCCCUCGUCUACGCACGAGCAAUCGGCAGCCACCAGCCCCUCAGCUCCACAUGCUCUGCGGACGAAGCCCUGUCGAUACUCAUGGCAACGUGGCGCGUGCCGCUGGCGAGAUGGCGAGGUAUCGUCGGGAUCUUUAUUUUUAUCAUGGCAUCCAUCGCUCCGACUGUCACACAUCAUUCUGGAGCAACUGCCUCGAGCGGAGCUAAAGAAGAUGCUGAUGCCUCCCGAAUUGACUUCGGACCCCACGCUGGAUUCGUCAAGUCGAUUCUACAGAUUGGCCUUAUGCAGAUGUCACUGGAGAGCUGGAGCACGUGCAAGGACACGAUGAAGAGAGCGCUCAGGUUGCAGUCCUGGUUGACUGAACGCACUGGGCAGAGCCAGGGAGAAUGA